AUGGAAGAAAAUUAUGAAACCACAUUACCAUGCCGUAGUAAAUCUAUUGGUAGAUCUCUAAGUCUAGUAACAGAUAUCGCGCCGCCCUCUCAACAACCUUAUCCCCCUCAGCAUUCUCAGAAUUCUCAAAAUCUCAACUCUGCAUAUCCAAUAUCAGCCCCCCCUUUAGUACACCAUAACCAAAUCAAUCCACUAUCCGCUCUCCCUUUAACCCAACAUCAUCCCUUUACAAUUCCUCAACCACAACCAUAUCAAACCCAACUCUUCAACCCAGAACACCAUUAUCUUCUCCUUUCCCUUUCUCGAGAAAACUUCAAAGCCCUUUCCCUACGACAGAAAAUCGCAGCGGCAGAAACUAAUCUCGAUUCCAUACACCUAACUGCGGAAUUGGAGGGCGUGGGGAUAGGUAUCACAUCCCCUCUCUCCUCUAUUUCUACAAUCGCGACACCGCACUUGCAGGCGCCCACUCGUCGCAAACUGAAAAAACAAAUCUCGUGGCUGAAAUGUCGGAUUAAGGAGUGUACGAGACAGGAGAGGAUUUUGAUGGAGAGGUUGCAGCAAAUUGGGGAGGAGGAGGAGAGGAGAUGGAGAUGGAUGCAAAUUGAGCGGCAGAGAAGGAUUAAUGAGGAGAUGAUGGAGUGGCAGCGGGGGUAUUGGAAUUGGUUUGUUGGGGCGGGUGGUGCUGUUGGUCAGGCUGGCUAUGGAUAUACUGGGGGUGGAUAUGGAUAUGGAUAUGGAUAUGGACAUGGACAUGUUGAUGGAAAUGGAAAUGGGGGAAUGUUGAAUGCUAGCACUCCUGCAUUUCAACCCGGGGAUAGCGUCAGUGUUAGUGGUGUCUGUCCUGGAGAUUCGAAGGCGAGUGUGGAGGGAAGAAAAUAUUCAAAUGAUUUUUGGAAUACGGAGGCGCCUGUCUUUUCACCGGUUAAUUUCUUCAAACCUUCUUCUACUACUUCGAUUUCUGUCUCUACGUCUACGGCUCCUUCUGGUAUAGCGCAGCAUGUGCAGAAUGGAGAGGGGGCGAGACUUAGUAGGGGGUGGGAUGAAUGUGAAUUAUCGCCCUUGGCUGAGGAGAGAAGAAAAUCUUCUCUGAAAUGGAGCGUGGAGAUUCGGGGUGGAGAUGAGGUGGGGAAUGGGAGGGGAAUGGGGAGAAGAGGGAGAGGGAGAGGGUUCUGGGUCUGGGUCUGGGGAUGGGGAGGGGGAGGCGGGAGAUUCCUCGACUGA